UGUAUACGUUCUGAAAAAAAUUGUUUUCACUUCCGGGUAUGAAUCGAUUCCUCUGAUGCUUUCGUCUUUAUGGUGACUACUCCCCCAAAUCGUGAAUAGAAUUUGCACAAAGUUUCGUUUUUUCGUCACAGACAUUGCUGUAUUUUACUGCUGACCAGCGAAAAUGCAGUUUAUUGUGACUGUCAGUAGUACACGGAGAGCAGCGAGGAUGCUGUGGCUGCUCAUGCUAGUGAGUCUGUCUGUGUGCAUCUGUGUCUGCCGAGCAGCAUCACCUCAGGAGGACAGUGCCAUGGAGAACAUCGUCACAGAGAAAAAGGCUGAGGAGAGCCACAGGCAGGACAGCGCAGACCUGCUCAUCUUCAUUCUGCUCCUCACCCUCACCAUCCUGACCAUCUGGCUGUUCAAACACCGGCGGUUCAGGUUUUUGCACGAAACUGGGCUGGCGAUGAUUUAUGGACUACUUGUUGGUGUGGUGUUACGGUACGGCAUCCAUGUUCCUCGGGACGUUAGCAACAUCACGCUGAGCUGCCACGUUAAUGCCAGCCCUGCCACUAUACUGGUCAAUGUCAGCGGCAAAUUCUACGAGUACACUCUGAAAGGAGAGAUCAGUGCCAACGAGGUGAAUGACGUGCAAGAUAACGAGAUGCUGCGCAAGGUGACCUUUGACCCUGAAGUGUUCUUCAAUAUCCUUCUCCCGCCUAUCAUCUUCCAUGCUGGCUACAGCUUGAAAAGGAGACACUUCUUCCGUAACAUGGGAUCCAUCCUGGCUUAUGCCUUCCUAGGCACAGUUAUUUCCUGUUUUGUUAUUGGGUUGCUGAUGUACGGCUGUGUGACGCUAAUGACGCAGGUGGGACAGCUGCGUGGGGACUUCUUCUUCACUGACUGUCUGUUCUUCGGAGCUAUCGUCUCUGCCACAGACCCUGUGACGGUCCUGGCGAUCUUCAACGAGCUGCAGGUGGAUGCGGAUCUGUACGCUUUGCUGUUUGGAGAGAGUGUGCUCAACGAUGCCGUGGCCGUGGUUCUGUCCUCCUCUAUAGUAGCGUACCAGCCAGAAGGAGACAACAGUCACACCUUUGAGGUCAUGGCCAUGCUGAAGUCUUUUGGGAUUUUCCUUGGAGUUUUCAGCGGCUCCUUUGCACUGGGGGUGGCCACUGGCGUUGUCACUGCUCUCGUGACCAAGUUCACCAAGCUGAGGGACUUCCAGUUACUGGAGACAGCUCUGUUUUUCCUUAUGUCAUGGAGCACGUUCCUGCUGGCAGAGGCCUGCGGCUUCACAGGUGUGGUAGCAGUGCUCUUCUGUGGAAUCACUCAGGCCCACUACACCUACAACAACCUGUCCCCUGAGUCCCAGGACAGGACCAAACAGCUGUUUGAACUACUGGAUUUCCUGGCAGAGAACUUCAUUUUCUCCUACAUGGGUCUGACCCUGUUCACCUUCCAGAACCACAUCUUUAACCCGAUGUUCAUCAUUGGAGCUUUUCUGGCAGUGUUCCUAGGAAGAGCUGCUAACAUUUACCCUCUCUCAUUUCUUCUGAAUCUGGGACGUCGCAACAAGAUCAGAUCGAACUUCCAGCACAUGAUGAUGUUUGCAGGACUCCGAGGUGCAAUGACCUUUGCCCUGUCCAUCAGGGACACAGCCACAUAUGCCCGUCAGAUGAUGUUUUCCACCACCCUGCUCGUGGUCUUCUUCACUGUUUGGAUUUGUGGAGGUGGCACCACCCAGAUGCUGUCCUGCCAGCACAUACGAGUGGGAGUAGACCCCGAUCAAGAUAACUCUAUGAGUAUCUCUGACGGCUCAGAGAGGAGAAGCACCAAACAAGAAAGUGCCUGGCUUUUCAGAAUUUGGUACAACUUUGACCACAACUACCUGAAGCCCAUCCUGACUCACAGCGGCCCCCCUCUCACAGCCACACUGCCUCCCUGCUGCGGCCCCCUCGCUCGCCUCCUCACUAGCCGUCAGGCUUACGAGAAUGAGUGCCAGCUGAAGGAUGACGCCUCUGACCUCAUCCUGACAGAUGGCGAUAUCAACCUGACCUACGGCGACAUUACGGUCAGUACCGAUGCCACAGGCGCUCACACCAGCCGCGGUUCAGUCUUUGCCGGCAUCACCUCGGGUGACGAGUUAACGAGUGGAGAUCACGAGCUAGUGAUGAGGGGCACGCGCCUGGUGCUGCCCAUGGAUGACUCCGAGCCUCCCUUCACAGAUCCCCACCCCCGCUUGCGGAUGUGAAGAUAAUCUUUUUGCCGCAGACCCAGACAACCGUCCGUCUCGAACUGACCCGAGCCAUUGAGAAAAAAAAGCAGUACCUGAUUCUCCUUCUUUCACCCUUCCACUUCCUUCUCACACUUCGCCUCAGUCCUCCUGUUUUUUUCUCCACACAUUUCCUCACAGCUGUAUUUUCUAACUUCCUCCAGUUGCAAAUCAGUGUCUCUACCUCAUUCUUGUUCUGCUCUUUUCUACACCUUUCUGUCAUCUGCCAUAACUGUAAUAAAGUUUUAUUUAUUUGCAGGGUUUUUGGUGUUCAGUUGAAGGUCAGUGUCUCUUAGUUUGGUUCAAAUGUGUGUGUGUCUGUGUGUGUGUGUCAGUUAACUUACUGUAGCAUUGAACUGAGGUAUAGCAGCAUGUGUUAGUGUGUAAAUGCAAGUACCAUCCACUAGAUAAUUCGUCAUUGUACAGUAUAUCAAAAGAGAAUUCUAUAACUUUGAUAUGCAUGCUGAGGAUGCUUGUUCAUUUCUUUGUAAGGCAGCCUGAGGGCAUUUGUGUUUUGGGUCUGACCUUGAAUGUUGCUGCAUUCUCACUGUGCAUCAGAGGCAUGCUGACCCAGUGGACAACUUUUCUGUACAUUUGGUUACAAUCAAGUGCCUGGGAAUUGUAGUUUUAAGCCCGGCUACCCAGUCUGCAUCGGAUCUGGGAAGCCGAGCUAGGGGUGGUGACGUGGUUGUAGUUUUUCUUUGUAAGAAACAAAACAAAACAAACAAAAAAGAAACAGAUACCUUUGUCCCCAAGGUAGCAAUAUACUCAGUGGGUGUUUGGGUUGUCAGUUGAUUCGUCUGUAAAUAGUGUGUAACAAUGCCACUGACACAGUGUAGCCUGACAGUGAAAGAUGUGGAUCUCUCCCAAUGACCUUUGACUGUGACAUAGAGAGGGAUUUUACACCUUAUUUUAGAAGCUGAUGCCGCUCGCAGCAGAAUGAAGGGCUGCUGCCCUGAGAUCCAAAUGAAGAAAGCUCGGUGCCAUUUCUGUCCUACAUUUUGACACUUUCUGAUGACUGAAUGCAGAUGACCUUAAAGUGUUUUGUAUUCCUUUUGCAAGAGAACAGUUUGGGUACUUUAAGCUGAAUCACCUUUUUCAUACCCAUUUAACUUUUUUUGUUUUCUUUUUACAAUCGUGCACUGAUGUCAAGACUUUUCUCGUGAAUUUAACCUCAAAAGUAGACAUACGGUAAAUAAAUUAGACAUAAAGGUACUUAGAAACAUGUUAUUGGUAAGCACACAAGUGAUUUUGUGAUUUUGGGAAGUCAGGUAUUUUAUUAUUGAUUGCUCUACGAACUAUUUUUGAUGAAUCGAUUAGUCCUGAAGUUGACAUAUGUAAAUGUUUUAUUUUGGCUGAUUAACAGACAAACUUGUAUUCACUUUAUAAUUGGGGAGGACAAAAAAAAACAGCAGAUUUAUUACAUUUGAGAGGCUGAAUGCAGUGACUUGAUGGUUAAUCAGUUAUCAGAACUGUUGACUAGUCAAGUCAUUGUAGAUGUUAUAUAUAAGGAGAGUCAUGAAAUCAGUGAAUAAGGCAGGUGAUUAUAUUUACAUUGGUACUGUGUCGGUUCAGAGCAGCAGUUUUCAUGCUGGAUGUUUUUCUCAGCUGUAAACAACAGGGUUCUUAAGGGUCAAUAGUUUAAAGCUUAACAGGAUUUUUACUCUUAUUAAGAUGUAUAAAGUCAUAAAAACACACACUAUUAAAAGGGUUAAAGUCUUAUUUCAGUGUGUACACUGUGGAGGCUGUUUUAGUGGGUGUACAAGAAGACCACACGGUUUAGAGAACGCCUUCCGGUGCGGAGUAGAGCAGCUGUUAAUGUCGCUUUAACAGGAAGUGUUGAUAGGGUGUCACUAUGGCAAUGCUGUGUUGAUGUGGACAGAUGCCAGUAAACAUUUGGUGACUUAGCUGAACACAGCGGUUUUGCAGUUUGCCCUUUUGGUAAACCAAAGGAAGGAAAGCUGAGAGUAUGCAAAGUGGAUGCAGAAGGAUCAUAACGGCGUUAAAGAAACGAGGGAGAGCAUAGAGUAGAGAAAGCUGGGCUUGUGUUGGUGUGUGCGUUCAUGUGUUGGGGAUGAUACAGAGGUGGAAGGAAGCGCGGGCAUUUAGGUUUCGCUUUUCCUUCCACAGUUAUCUUCUGCUGUGCAGGAACUUCUAAUUCAAAGUAUUCACUCUCUCUCUCUUUUUUUAUUUUUUUUAAUCAGGCACACCACUGACACCACAUUACCCAGGAAACGACUCAUUCCUUCCACCAUUUUAUAUUUUUCUUUUUUGUGUCGCUGAGUUUUAUUUUAUAGAACAGGAACAAUGAAGUAAAAAAAAAACUAAUAAUGGGUUGAAUAAUUUGCACUCAUGCAUUAAGAAUAAUUGUUUUUGUUAUGAUGUUUGUUUUAUCUAACAGCUGCCUUUUAUUAUUUGUGUGGGAAGGUGGGGGACUGAGCAACGUCAUGUCAGUUUAAUGAACGGUGAAGUAAUAUUUAGUAGAAGUGACGUUGAAUCACUGAUGUUGCUUUGUACAAAAGAUUCUUUCUGCAUCGCAGUGGCAGUCCUCUUUCAUACUGUUUGAUCCACCUUAUUGCUUUACCAGGUACUAUGUGUGUAUGUUUGAGUGCCGUUGCCACGACCUUGACAGAGUCUUUCACCCUGGCUCUUUGGGAAAAAAAACAACAUAUAACAACAGUGUGCCACUGUUCUUCAACUGACACAUUAAAGAAUGUGAAAUCUG